AUGGAUCCGAUAAUGGACGUAAUAAAAAAUUCUGAGGAGCCCCAAUGGCUUGAAAGGCUUGUAAUCGGGAAACUACGAGUAUGGCAAAUAAUGUUUUUGUGCCUAGCUGGUGUUACUUCACUCAUAGUGAUAGUGUGCUGUUGUUUCCGCUUCCGUAUCCCACGCACUAAACAGCAAAUAGAGGCAGAUUAUAAACGUCGCAAGAUAACAACGAAAUUUCGUCAGCAACUGGAAACUAUUCAAGAUUCUAAAAUGGAUACAAUCUCUCUAAAAGAUGCUCUCGAAAUAUUGCAUGAAAAAAGCCAAUCCAUGGAAGGAGAAAAUCAACCAGGAUCGCAGCCUAGCUCGAUCAUGUCUCCGCAACAAAGCUCUUUGGAAGCUUCUUAUCAAGCUGAAGGUUGCCCGAAGCCAGAGCCUCCGGCAGGGAUGAGCUUUGUUAAGUUCGCAUCCAAAGUGGCAAAUCUCAACAAGUUCGGACAAACAAAACCCCCUACUUCCCCCACCACUUCCGAUGCUAAGAUGGAUUUU